AUGAUGGCAGCUCAGGCAAGCAGCAAGCGCGCCACGCUGCGGGAGCCACUACUCUACGACGACGACGAAGCAUCCAUGCCGCUCGAGCUCUUCGGCUACCACGGCGGCAGCGGCGACGCCGAUUACUACUACAGCUGGUCGGGCUCCACCUCCAGCUCCAGCUCGUCGGUGCUCAGCUUCGACCAGGCUGCCACCGGCUGCGCCCGGCAGCUGGCUUUCCAUUCCGGCGGCGACGAUGAGUACUGCACCGCCAUGUGGAUGGACGCCGCCGCCGGCAUGGUCGAGAACCCGUCAGUCGCCGGCAACUACUGCCAUCGGGCGCAGCUCCACGGCGCCGCCAGCUUUGGACUCGCGAGCCCAGGCUCGUCGGCUGACACCGGCCUGGAUAUCCAUGACAGCAACGUCAGCAAGCCGCCGCCGGCAGCCAAGGCAGCUCAGAAGCGCUCAUGCCCGGGUGGCGAGGCGAGAGCGGCGGGGAAGAAGCAGUGCAGGAAAGGGAGCAAGGCCAGCAAGGCUGCUUCUGCUCCUGCUCCUGCAACUCCUACCAACAAAGAUCACCCUCAGAGCGCAGCUGCAAAGGUGAGAAGAGAGCGGAUCAGUGAGAGGCUCAAAGUUCUUCAGGAUCUGGUGCCCAAUGGCACGAAGGUAGACUUGGUCACCAUGCUAGAAAAGGCCAUCAACUACGUCAAAUUCCUCCAGCUACAAGUAAAGGUUUUGGCUACUGAUGAGUUCUGGCCGGCACAAGGAGGAAAAGCACCAGAGCUCUCUCAAGUCAAGGACGCCUUGGACGCCAUCCUAUCUUCUCAGCAUCCAAACAAAUGAUGCUGCUAGAAUUAUGCAUCAAAUUUCACAAGUCUAAAACUAAGUUUGAUGUAUGUAUGAUCUUUAGAACAGAGGCAAUGUAACAGAGCUUCUGCUCUGAAAAGAAAAACUGGGAGUUGUUCUAUUGGACUUCAGAGUUGAAAAUCAGUCAUCUUAGAUGUUUUUAUUUUCACUCUUUUUUUCCUAGAUCAAUUCUUUCUUGUUUUUGUUGCCAAAGUAAUGUACUUCAGUCAUCAGAGUUCCUUCACUUCAUAGCAAGGAUGUAGUGUAGGUAUCAGCUAGAAAACAAAAAUCUGAGCACUGCAAAUUCGCUUGCUACUGUAAAUUACACUGCAAAUUCCAAUAAAUAAAUAAAUCUUAAAUAGAUGC